UGUCCAAUAUUAUCGUUUAAAGCUACUCCCUGUCGACAGAGGGCAGUGCUGUGGCAGAAGUCGAGCAGCCAAUCAGAAGAGGCCAACACGGGCGCAAGAAUGAAAGAGGAAAAGGAAGCUUUAUUGCCGCCAUUUCAGGUGAAACCAGUGCCGCAGAGACGACAGCCAGUGUCAUAAUAUCCCAAAAUCUGCAAUAAUUACACAAAUUGGAGAUUAACAGACAAGCAUAACGGUUGGGCCUAACGGGUUGGACUGGGCUGCUGUGUUGACUGGAGACAGACACAAUGAGCUACGGAAGGGCGCCGCCAGACGUUGAGGGGAUGACCUCCCUGAAAGUGGACAACCUGACGUACCGUACUUCACCGGAGACUCUGCGCCGAGUUUUUGAGAAGUACGGCCGUGUGGGAGAUGUUUACAUCCCCCGGGACAGGUACACUAAGGAGAGCCGCGGGUUCGCCUUCGUGCGAUUCCUUGACAAGCGCGACGCCGAGGACGCAAUGGAUGCUAUGGACGGCGCGCUGCUGGACGGGCGGGAGCUCCGGGUGCAGAUGGCCCGCUACGGGAGACCCCCGGACUCCAUGUACAGCCGGAGAGGGGCUCCGCCGCGCAGAUCCGGAGGGGGGUACGGCGGACGCAGGAGUCGUUCAGCCAGCCCUCGACAUCGCAGACGCAGCCGCUCCAGGAGCAGGAGCCGCUCCCGCUCCAGGAGCCGCCACCACUACAGCCGCUCCAGGUCUCACUCCGACUCCAGGUCCAAGUCCAAGUCCAGGACCCCAAGACGAAGCAAGACAAAAUCUCCCUCAAAGUCCCGGUUUUCUAGGUCAAGGAGUCGAACCCCGCCUUCAAACAGAGGGUCCAAAUCGAGGUCCCGCUCCAAAUCCAAGAGUAGGCCAAAAUCUCCAGAGGACAACGGAGCAGAGACUUAAUCCAGUCUUGGACACAGCAUGACGCUGCGGAGUCCUGUUUGCAAAGAGAGGAGGAGGAGAUGGGGGUGUGGCAGUGUGAGAGCAGUUAGUGUGUGACCCGCCCUUGUGACCUGCCUGAUUGCUGAGAGCUAUGGCAGUUGCUAAGGAGCAGGUCACCAAGGCAACGGUGGUUGCUAUGGAGCAGGUCGUCAUGGCAGUGGUUCGGGCUGUCAGUUGGUGUGUGAGGUGGUGUGGUGAGGUACGUUGGCGGGGAUUACAGGCAGAUGCACUGAGCAGUCAGUGCCCACCUGUUCCUGUGGGCUCCUCUGCCUCACAAAGGGAACGGACCCCCGAGGUUUGUUUUUCCAAUUCGCCCGGGUGUAAGACUUGUUAAAGCUAGUACUAUUGUAAAGGGGGGCCGGGUAAGGUGUGUAAACAAAUGUGAAAGUUACUAGAAAUGUUGGGUAUACAUGAAGAUGCCCAGGGGGAAAAUGCACUAUGAUUAAUGUUAUUGUGAGCAGAUCAGACAAGCACUGUGAUUAAAUGUCUAGGUCAGCUUCAGGAGUUUUUAGAAAUAAAAUAUUUUUGGCAUUUCCUAAUUCUGUUUUGUCUUUCUUUGCAGAUCUCAGAUGACUGAGCCUUUGCUGAGGACAUCAGGAAGAGUCUCACAUUGAGCAAGUGGACUCCACUAUUACCACUGAAAGCAGACUGAAAGGUUAUUGGAGCUUGGUCUAAAAUGUUUAGAUUUGACUUUAUUUACAAAAACAAUUUUGUAACAUUGAUGUGAUCAUUGUUUGCGAAGUUGAGCAAUUUGAAAGGGAUUUAAAAUAAGUUCUUCUCUUGCUGAUUUAAAUUGGGUUUAUUGCAUUUUAAUUACCCUUGCACUUUUUUAUGAACUUACAUUUCCUUUAAUUUAACCCCUUGUUUAAUACUCUUUCUAAAUGAAUAUGAACGUUUUAUUUGCAGGGUGUAAUGUUGAAUGUUCAGAGCUUUUACAUCUGUUUUACCACUCUUAUGGAGAAUAUUUUUUUUCCUGUACAGUGAAAAAGGCAAAACAUCAAAGGCACUUAAUAUUUUAAUUUGCUUAUCCCGCAGACUACAUGUUUUUAUUUUCUGUCAAAUCUCUAUUUUCUGUCUGGCUAAAGUUGCUUUCCUAUGACUCUAACCCUCUUUCUUGUGUAUCCUUUGUGCACUAGGCGCAGUUGUGUAGCAGUUGAGUAAUGCUGGUUAGCUGUUAAGAUGCGGUGCAGUGCGGUGGUGACAUGGUGUGGCGUGUUGCGGUGCUGAGUGCCCGGCGCUGUUCCGGGGCUCGACCCUCCGCUGCUGUUUGCCGGUUUGUAAGCUCACAAGUGUGGCAGAUCACCUAUCCUCUCCUGUCUUGUGAUCUCCCCCCCCCCCCCCCUCUCCCCUCCCCAUGUGCUGUACAGAUUCUCUCCUUCCUUUUCUCUCUAUUCCCACUCUCCACCCCUCCUCUGUGGUUUAUCCACUGUUAAUAACUGGUUUUGCUUGGUUUUUUGUUUUAAUUGAAUCCAGUGUGACUCCUAGUGAAGGGUUUAAUGGGCAGUCCAGGCUGCUUAAAGAAAUUAUUUGUGUAUUUCAUUCCUCUGAACCUCAAACGUCUUGUAAUUGCUUUAGGUGAAUGUCAAUAAACAUCUGUCGUUCCAAA